UCGAAGCACCACCCGGGUCAAGGGGCUGGUGCAUCUUGGUCAGAGACAUCCCUGAGGUCUCCCCUGCUCUGGACAGUCUUGGCAGUGGCCGUGCACCUUGUCCCUUGUCCCUGCUGGCAGCCGUUGGAUGAGAUCCUUCUGCAACGUGGCUUUUAGUGGACGUGGCCGGACUCGUGGUGCUCAGCGAUGCUGGGGGAGAUGCUGCUGCCUCCACCUCCCUUAUUCCCAGCGGUGGGGUGAGGCUGUCGUGAGGUUGCUGCUGCUCAGCUGAAGCUGCUGUGACCCCGUGCACCUCCCCACGGGUGCCCCAGGCCGCCCCCAUGGACCUGCGCAUCGGGCAGCGCCUCGUCAAGCCCGGCUCCGACACCGCCCUGCUGGCCCUCAAGCACACCCAGCAGCUCCAGCACCAGCUCUUCCUGGCCAGUUUGCACCAGCAGCAAGUGGAGCAGCUCGCCCACCAGCACGUGAGGGUGACCAUGGAGUCCCCCCACCGGGAGGCUGAGCCAGGGCAGCAGGAGCAGGAGCUGCGGCAGAUCCUCAACAAGGACAAGAGCAAGAGAAGUGCUGUGGCCAGCACAGCGGUGAAGCAGAAGCUGGCUGAGGUCAUCCUGAAGAAGCAGCAGGCAGCUUUGGAGAGGACCAGCAACCCCAACCCUUCAGCCAUGCCCUACAGGUCUCUGGAGCCUCUGGAUCCCGAGGGCCCUUCCCCUCCUGUGCUCAGCACCUUCCUGCCCCCUGUCCCCAGCACUUCUCUUGAUCCCCCAGAGCAUUUUCCACUGCGGAAGACGGCCUCUGAGCCCAACCUGAAGGUGCGUUGCAAGCCCAGGAAGUGCCUCGACCGGCGCAAGAACCCCCUGACGCGGAAGGAGAGCGCUCCCCCCUCGCUCAAGAGACGGCCCCCUGAGGCCAUUGACUCCUCCCCCAGCAGCAGCAGCACCCCCGUGUCUGGCUGCAGCUCUCCCAACGACAGCCUCCCCGCCGAGCACGGAGCCCUCCCCGCUGCCUCCAGCAUGACCCACGAGACGCCCCUGGCCCAGCGCCUGAUGAUGCAGGAGAGCUCACUGGCCCAGUUUGCCCUGCAGAGUGCAGCCUCCCUUCCAGCCAUCACACUGGGAUUGCCAGCUACCACUAGUGCCAGGGGAGAGCCCGAUCGCCGCCUGGCCCACCGGGUGCCCGUGCUGAACGGGCCUGUCCUCACGGGCACACACUCACCCAUGUUCAUACCAGCUGGCUUGGAGCAGCACGAGGCUGGGAGCCCCUUGUCCCCUCGGCUCCAGCCCGUCAUCAUCCUCGAGCCCUCGGUCACCCACACUCCCCUGGUAGCAGUGCCAGGUCUGGGAACUGUCCCCUUCUCCUUCGCCCCCUCCCUGCUCUCUGCAGAGCGUCUGUCACUCCCAGGACACCACAAACCUCUGGGCAGGACCCGCUCUGAGCCCCUGCCCCAGAACCCCAAGGCCAUCCAGCAGCAGCUGGUGUACCAGCAGCAUCACACCCAGUUCCUGGAGAGGCUCAAGCAGCAGACGCAUCUGGGCAAGCGCAUGGCGAAAUCCAGCGAGAAGCCCCGUCUGAGGCAGAUCCCCUCCUCGGAGGACAUGGAGGCUGAGGGGACCCUCCCCGAGGCUGGAGCUGAGAGCAGUGACCCAGCCAGGGCACGUCUGGAGCCCGCCCGGCCAGGGAGCGGCGCGAAGGAGCCCGAGAGGACGCAGAAGAUGAUGCAGCCUCAAGAGGAGCUUGUCCUCCAGCAGGCCUAUCUCUGGGAUUCCUACCAGCGUGUGCAGCAGCAGCUCCUCAAACGACAGCCCUUGGCUGACACCCCCAUGGUCCCCACCCUCCACGCAGGGCACAGACCCCUCUCUAGGGCCCAGUCAUCUCCUGCCACCGCCACCAUCUCCCUUCCUGCCCAGGACACGGCCUCCAAGACACUCUCCCUGCCCGUGCAGGAGCAGCCAGCCAAGCCCCACUUCACAACAGGGCUGGUGUAUGACUCGGUGAUGCUGAAGCACCAGUGCACCUGUGGGGACAACAGCAACCACCCCGAGCACGCGGGCAGGAUCCAGAGCAUCUGGUCCCGGCUGCAGGAGCGGGGGCUGCGAGGACAGUGUGAGUGCCUGCGGGGACGCAAGGCCACCCUGGAGGAGCUGCAGUGUGUCCACACCGAGCGCCACGUCUUCCUCUACGGCACCAACCCCCUCAACCGCCUGAAACUGGACAACGGGAAACUGGCAGGGAUCCUGUCACAGAGGAUGUUUGUCAUGCUGCCCUGUGGAGGGGCAGGGGUGGACAGUGACACCAUCUGGAACGAGCUGCAUUCCUCCAACGCUGCCCGUUGGGCUGCUGGCAGUGUCACAGAGCUGGCCUUCAAGGUGGCCACCAGGGAGCUGAAGAAUGGCUUCGCUGUGGUGCGGCCACCAGGACAUCACGCGGACCCUUCCACUGCCAUGGGAUUCUGCUUCUUCAACUCGGUGGCCAUCGCUGCCCGGCAGCUGCAGCAGAAGGGGAAACUCAGCAAGAUCCUCAUUGUGGACUGGGAUGUUCACCAUGGCAACGGGACUCAGCAGGUCUUCUACAGAGACCCUGAUGUUCUCUACAUCUCCCUGCACCGUCACGACGACGGGAACUUUUUCCCCGGCAGCGGCGCCGCCGACGAGGUCGGUGCUGGUCCCGGCGAGGGAUUUAACGUCAACGUCGCCUGGACUGGAGGGCUCGAGCCACCCAUGGGUGAUGCUGAGUAUCUGGCUGCCUUCAGGACGGUGGUGAUGCCGAUUGCCCACGAGUUCUCCCCCGACCUGGUGCUGGUGUCGGCCGGCUUCGACGCAGCUGACGGGCACCCACCCCCCUUGGGGGGCUACAAAGUCUCUGCUAAAUGUUUUGGCUACAUGACAAAGCAGCUGAUGAGCCUGGCUGGUGGAGCCAUUGUCCUGGCUCUAGAAGGUGGCCACGACCUGACAGCCAUCUGCGACGCCUCCGAGGCCUGCGUCUCAGCCUUGCUGGGCAACGAGCUGGACCCUCUCCCAGAAGAAAGCCUGAGGCAGAAACCCAACCCCAACGCUGUGCGCUCCCUGGAGACGGUGAUCCAGGUCCAGAGUAAAUACUGGGUGGCCGUGCAGCGUUUUGCCUCCAAGCUGGACUGCUCCUUCCUGGAGGCUCAACACCACGAAGCAGAAGAGGUGGAGACAGUCACAGCUUUGGCCUCCCUCUCGGUGGCCGUGAUGGUGGAGAAGAGGCCACAAGAUGAGCCAAUGGAGGAGGAGGAGCCCAUGAACCAGUGAUGAGCAGUGAUGUUCUCUGCUCCCCUGCUUCCAGGAUGUGGUUGGACUCUCCAGAGCCCAGUGCUCACUCUUCACUCCUGGCUUCCCAUUUGCCACGUCAUCCUCAUCCCCAAGUCAUGGUCCUGAACGGGACCUGGACCUUUGGCUGCUGCAGGUCUCCAGGAAGGAUGUUCCUGCAGCCACCUGGAAGAUGUCCUGCUUGGGACUGAGGAAAAACCACAAACUCCCUCUGCACGACGUGGCCUUGCAAACUUGGGCAACCAGUCCCCAACCUCUGGGACCUGAAAACCCCCUUGGGGACGUGUGUGAGAGGCCUCCAAGCCCUCUGUGGUGGAAGCCAGACGUGGACCUGCCCCUCUCCUGGGACCUUCCUCACCCCUGGGGAAGGGGAUGGAUGUUGGGAUGGAUGUUGUGGCCGUGCUGUUGGAGCUGCCUUCAGGACCCAGAACUCCAGCCCCUCAGCAAUGCCUGAGGAGCAGCCCCAGGACAAGGUCUGGGGGCUUCCUGGCUCCUUCCAGGAGGACACAAAGGUGGGAAGGUGCUGGUGACACGGGCUCGUGGCCUCAUUCUGCAGAGGAAAGGCCUGGACAGCUGGGGGUGACACCCCUGCAGAGCGAGGGCAGGAGCAGCUGCAGCAGCCAGGGUGGCCCCCGUGGGACAUCCUGACCAUGCCCAGAUGUCCCCCCUGGUGCUGGGGCUCUGAUUUGCACUAGAUACAGUUGCUGUGUGCUAAUGUGAACGGGACGGACUCUCCUUGCCCUGGGAAGGAUGGGACCAGUCACCUCUGGUGGGGAUCUCCCCAGGGUUGGUGGGGAUCUCCCCAGGGUUGGUGGGGAUCUCCCCAGGGUGCCCCCCCAGGCAGCCCUGCUGCCCUCGGGACCUGGCUCAGUGCUCCCCAAAGCAGGGACAUCCCCUCUUGUCUUCCACUCAGCCCCCCCCCCCUUGUGUCCCCCCCCUUCACCUCCAGCACCCCCGUGGGCUCCUCAGCUCCAGCUGAGCUCAACUCAAGUCCUGUCACCCCCUUCCUGGUGCUCAGCUCCCCCAGGGAAGCCCAGAGCUCCAGCUCUACCAUCCGUGAUGAUGUCCAGGCCAUGUUGGGGGUGACAGAGGCAGGAUCAAGCCCCCCCAAAAUGACGUGUCCCUCUGGAUUUGCCUUCUCCCCAUCUCCCCCCUGCACCAGGGCAGCGUGUGGCUCCUCAUCCCCCCCCCCAGAGCCUUCCCAUGUCCCACGGGGCAUGAGCCCCAAGUCCCACAAGGACAGGUCCCCCCAACUCGGGUGUCCCGGGGCUGGGGUGGGGGGGACAAAAGGGGCCACAGCCCUGG